AUGUCACCUUUUUUGAUACAAAAGUAUAUUCAAAGUACUGCUGGAAACGUCACAUCUGUAAAGAAGCUUAGAUCUGGAGAUUUGUUAAUAGAGACUGCGACGCCGAAACAAUCAGAGCAACUUCUAGCCAUAAAGAAUUUUGGUGAUGCCCCAAUAGAAGUAUCUGGCCAUAAAACUCUGAAUUAUACCAGAGGUGUCAUAUCUAGUAUGGACCUUACUAUGGUUAGUGAUGAAGAAUUUGUUUCCGAACUGCAGUCAUUUAGAGUAACAAGUGCACGCCGUAUAACAUUAAAAAGAGAUGGUAAAAUAAUUCCAACCAAGCAUGUUAUUUUGACAUUUGCUACUCAUGUGCUUCCCAGAAAGAUAAGAGCUGGGUUUAUAAGUUGCGAUGUGCGUCCUUUUGUGCCAAACCCGAUGCGUUGUUUUAAAUGCCAGAGGUUUGGACAUACAAAAACUAGCUGCCGCGCUUCUUCCUCUCGCUGUCCACAAUGUUCUGAAAUUGGCCAUGAUGACACUCCAUGCACAAAGCCCCAAAAAUGUGUUAAUUGCAACGGUAGUCAUCCUGCUUAUUCUAAAUCCUGUCCCAAGUGGAAGAUUGAAAAAGAAAUCCAGACCAUUAAAAUUUCUAGAAAUAUCUCUUUUGCAGAAGCUAGACAAAUAGUUGAAAAACGAACUCCAAAGGAAAAUCUCCCAUACAAGACUUUAAAAUCUUGUUUUGCUGGGUUCCGAGUCAUGUCGGAAUACCGGGAAAUGAGAAGGCUGAUGCUGCAGCAAAAGUGGCAAGCUCUCUUCUUCACCGAGAACUUCCACAUAGCGAUGCAAAGACGUUUUUUGCACGCCAUGUCUGCAUGUUAUGGCAACGAUCUUGGGAUCAGCAGACUUCCAACAAGCUGCAUUCGCUCGAGCCAAGGAUUCGUUUCUGGCCUACCAAUCCAAUGCGUGGGCUCGAUGUUAAAUUAA